CGACACACAAGACUCGAAAGCUCUUUUUUUUGCGGCUGGAGCGCGAUCGACAUAUCCGGUAUACCGGACCCAAUGACCUCAUGACCGCACAGGCGCCCAAAUGCAAAUCAAGUCAGUCACAACUGGGAGUGAUGAUAAAGAAACAACGAUUCCAGCCCUUAAUGGCAGCAGCUGGCAAACCGCUCCAGCUGAUAUCCUUUCUCUACUAUUUUCAAUUUUUUCCUUUUAUUUGUCGCACCCGAUCCACAUUUUUUAACAAAUACAAACUUUCUGCAGGCACAGUGUGAAACGAUUCAUGCUAAAACGCCUUUUGCCCGUGGCUCCGCUGGCCCACAUACAGCAGAACAACUUCCAACAGCAGCAACACCAUUGGCGGCGAUACCUGAACACCCGAGCAUCGCCGGUUCUGCUGCACCAACACUCAAACAAAUCACCCUACACCAAAUGCAGCCCCAGCCCCAACAAUUGGCAGCUGGAGACCGCCGUGGCAUUCGACAUCGACGGGGUGCUGAUCAAGGGCAAGCGCAGCCUGGAAGAGGGCCGGCGCGCGCUCUCCAUGCUCAACGGCAACAACCCCCAUGGCACACGUAUCCCCUUUGUUCUCCUAACCAACGGCGGCGGCGUAACGGAGGCAGACAAGGCGGCCGAUAUUUCGCAGCGCAUGGGCAUAGAGAUUAGCCCUGAUCAAGUGAUCCUGGCGCACUCGCCCAUGCGCGCCUUGGCGCAAGAGUACGCCCAGAAACAUGUGUUGGUGGUCGGCGGAGUGCAGCACCGGUGCGCAGACAUUGCGCGCUCAUAUGGGUUCGAGAACGUCAGCACGCCGGAUGAUUUGGUCGCUUGGCGGCCCUCCAUAUGGCCGUUCAUGAGCCCGCCAAAGGAAGAGAGCUUGUCACAGCCACUUGGUCGUGAUUAUUCGAAGCACCCGUUUAAUGCAGUGCUUGUGUUCCACGAUUCGUUUGAUUUUGGCCGUGAUCUGCAGGUUGUCACAGAUGUUCUGCGGUCGCAGAACGCUACCGUUGGUGAGCCUUUUGUCAACCGCCAGGUUAUUCCGCUGUAUAUGUCCAACUCAGACCUUAUUUUCAGCAACGAAUACCCGCUGCCGCGCUUCGGCCAGGGCGCCUACCAUGUUUGUUUGCGCGCAAUGUGGCACGCCCUGACAAAGGGCGAAGCUCCCCCACUGGAUCACACUCUGUUCGGAAAGCCCUACCGCGUUCAGUACGCGUAUGCUGAGCGCCUGCUUGACCGAAUGGCCCUGGAGGCCCUUCCUAUCGUAGAUGUGGAGCUCAUGCGUGGCCGGCGCCGCAUCUAUGCUAUUGGCGACAACCCUGCUGCUGAUAUUGCUGGCGCAAAUGGCGCCGGGUGGCAGUCUGUACUGGUGCGUACAGGCGUCUUUGACGGCGCGCCUGGAACCAACGACGCCACCAAUCCUGCUACAAAAGUCGCAGAGCAUGUUGAGGAGGCUGUUGCCUGGAUCAUAGAGGCUGAAAAUAAGCGAUUGGCUAAAACUCGGCUUCUUUAACCGGUCUGACAAUGGGCCUAGAACCCCAGUAAAGCCACAAUAGUUUUUUAAUUUUUAGUUUGAUCAUUCAAGAUAUUUUUUAAAAGACAGCAAUCAGAC